GCGGCCCGCGGGCUCUUGCCGUUCGUUGGCUCAGCGGCGCGCGGAAGGGGCCUGCCGCGGGGGCCGGUCCCUGCAGCUCACCGCGCCGCCUCCAGCCCGGCCCCGGCCGCUCGCUGCCCAGUGAGCGCGACCAGGCUGCAGCCGCCGCGCGGCGGUGACGUGAGGAGCGGCGAGGCCCCAGCGCGCUGCGGGCCUGCUCAGUGCGCGCUGGGCCGGCGCGAUGGUGCCGGGGCCUGACGGCAGCGGCUCCGCGGGCUGCUUCCCCUCCCCGCCUCCUGCUUCUAGCUAAUGGGCGCCUGAGAGCCGGGACCCGCCCUGCGUGCGCAGGGCCGAGCCGCAUAUUGCCUUCAGGAAAUGGCCUCUUCUAAAUCUUUGCUGAAUCUUCUAACCUUCACAUUUGGAUCAACAAUAGGAUUUUUCACAUGUUACAUGCUAUUUAGCAUAGUGUUGGAAAAACAGGUUGAGAUCCAACCUAAUAUUCUUCACAAUGAUCCCCAUGGUGAACACUCAGAAGAAACUGGAAGUGAUCAGCUGGAAGGACAAAUGAACUUCAAUGCUGAUGCUGGGCAGCAUCAAGAUGAGAACAAAAAUAUUGCAGACGGACUGUAUCAGAAGGUGAAAAUACUUUGUUGGGUGAUGACUGGACCUCAGAAUCUAGAGAAAAAAGCCAAGCAUGUUAAGGCGACUUGGGCCCAGCGUUGCAAUAAAAUACUAUUUAUGAGCUCUGAGGAAAAUAAAGACUUUCCAACUGUGGGACUAGAAACCAAAGAAGGCAGGGACCAACUGUACUGGAAAACUAUUAAAGCCUUCCAGUAUGUACAUGACCAUUAUAUUGACGAUGCUGAUUGGUUUAUGAAAGCAGAUGAUGACACAUAUGUUAUACUGGACAACUUGAGAUGGCUUCUUUCAAAAUACAAUCCCGAACAACCAAUAUACUUUGGAAGAAGGUUUAAGCCUUAUGUGAAACAGGGCUACAUGAGUGGAGGAGCAGGAUAUGUACUGAGCAAAGAAGCUCUAAGGAGAUUUGUUAAUGCAUUUAAAACCAACAAAUGUUCUCAUAGCUCUUCUAUUGAAGACCUAGCACUCGGAAAAUGCAUGGAGAAUAUUAAUGUAGAAGCUGGAGAUUCAAGGGACACAAGUGGUAAAGAAACUUUUCAUCCCUUUGUGCCAGAACAUCACUUAAUCAGAGGAUAUCUACCUAGAACAUUUUGGUACUGGAAUUAUAAUUAUUAUCCUCCCAUAGAGGGUCCUGGAUGCUGCUCUGAUCUGGCAAUUUCAUUCCACUAUGUUGAUUCCACAACUAUGUACCAGUUGGAAUACUUGAUUUAUCAUCUCCGACCAUAUGGUUACCUAUACAGGUACAAUCCUGACUCACUCAAGAAUCUAGAAAAGCAAAUCAAAAGCAAAGCAAUGGAUGAUGCAGAAAGCUCCUGAAACUGAAUCAGACUUCUACUAAAUAAUAAGAUGUGGAACAACGCACUGAAAGAAGUAUCAUGGAGUGAAAAGCAACUACAUCUAGCUCAGACAGGACUCUGGAAUUGCUAGUAGUAAUUCAUUUGAAUUGUAAAAGUUCUGUGUUGAGGGUCUUCCUCUGUGACUGCAAACUACAGGCUUCAUUGUGCAGUUCUUAUUCGUGGGGAUAGUGGGACUUUUCACAUGUUAGGACUGCAGAACCAGGUCCUAAAGCUUUUAUGUGAUCUGUGAAAUCUGUUGAGGUGGCUUUGUUAGAAAUUCUUCAUGUUUAUAUUAUUGUAUUAAAACAAAUGGAUGGUGGUGAGGUUCAAGCACGAUUAUACAGUAUUUUCUAGUCAUUAUUUUUCUUUUUGCCCCAGUUCCCAUUAUUUUGGAUAAGUACUAAUGUUAGAAAUCCUGGGCUACAUAGGUUCAUCACUUUGAGAUGGUGAUGAUACCGGAGAAAUUUGACAUGAAGUAACUUGGCUGAAAAGAGAGAGAGAAAAAAGUCUUCAAAACCACUCCUGCCUUAAAAACAGACUUUAAAAUAUUUGGUGUAAUUAGUAAUGUUCUGCCUAUUUAAUGUCGAAACCUGAAUUACUUCCCAAAUGAAAUGAACUUGUUACUCUUGGCCUCAUCAUAAACUUCCCCCAAGAUACUACUAUCUGUUCCACAAAACCACCACCCAGUUGGCUUGUGCUAAUUGGCGAAAAGCCCAGGAAUAGCAAGGCAAUACAUCUUGGAGUAUGUUGAAGAUGUGUGGAAACUUGCAUACCUGCCCACUCUGUGCCUCUUGGUGUGUACUCCUUGCUUGAAUGGGCACAAAAUUCAUCCAAAAGCUUUUUAAUGUACACAUGAUAGAAAUAAACCCCUUAUAAGUGCAAUUUCCUCCCCUUGUAUUCAUUCUGUAAGCCAAAAAAUGUUUGUGUGAUAACACUACAGUCAUACAAUAAAUACUUGUUGUAGACAGCCAGGCAUUUAUGCACUAGCGUACAGUAAUUUCCAGAUUCACCCAGUGCUACUAUUCUCUACUGUGUUCUCUACUAUGAUUUUUUUGAAUGUUCCCUACAAAUUCAAUUUUAUUUGGCUGCAAUAUGUAGUUCCACCUCUCUCUGAGGGUUUUGUCUGGUUUAUAGUGUGGCUUUUUUCUCUGCCUUCAGUUUAAGAUUUUCAUGUGUCAUUUUAAAUGCUCUUUGUCUGUCUUGUGAAUGUGUUGCACAGUUAUUCAGGUAAGCCAACCUGAAUGCAAGGACGCUUUCAAAAAGUGCAUUUAUUUCAUCCACUAUGUGGCUAUGGGGAGUAGCUCUAUGCCUAAUUAUCUACAAAGGAUCCACUUGUUAUCUGUGAGACACAGAUUAUCAAUAUAUUAAAAUGCAAUCAGAGGUUACACCAACUAUAGAUUUUUGCUCUUGUGAUCAAUAUAGUAUAUACAUCAUUAACCCAAUUUUAUGUUCUGCCUAGCUUGACACAUUGGCUGUCUUUGGUCCUCAGUUUCACAAAAGCCUCUUUAUCACUUCUUUGCUGGUUUUCAUCUUCAUCAUAUUGGUGAGUUUGGCCAAAACUUUACUUCCCUUAGCCAGUGUUUUGAUGAGGUCAUAUUACUGGUUAUAAAUGGCUUUACUAAAAUGGUUACCACUGUU